CUACCCCCUCGUCUCUUCUGCCUCCAUGGUAACAGUGAGCAGUGCUGGUAAUGGUUCCAUCCUGUUUCCUGGAGUCAACCCUUCUUUAGGCUACCUGCAAGACCACUUCCAACUACAUUAGGGGUAGGCAGCACACAGUCUGUACCUGUAGGCUUACACCUGCAUGUAGAGAGUACAGCCAAUAGGCAAGGAGCAGCUGCUGAAGACCGGAGUUAUGAGGCCUUAUUGCCCUCUCCCUUGGGCGUCCUGUGGCCCUCAGAAAUCAUACUGCUCACAAUGCCAGCCAGCCAUCCCUGGGCCCUGGGGGCUUGCUCACAUCUCUGAAGACUGAACAGUUCUGACUGUGAGUGAUGGGAACGACCUGUUCCUGUUUUUUUGUUUUGGUGUGCAUUAUCCCCUGGGUUUUUACACAGAGAUAAUUAUUGCAGACAUGCAGAACUAUGAGCACCUUUAUAUCAUGAUCUGUUACUGGUUUCUAUAAACCUCACAGCUCAGAUGUAAUCAGCUCCAGCUGCAGCCCCUUUUAGAAUCCCAAUCAGAGGGCUAGACUGAAAAUGAGCUGUAGUAAAGCAUUGCCUGGUUUUGUGCUGAAACAAUGAUUCUAUACAGGGACUCUAGGAUCCAAACAUCUCUUUAUGACACAGGCCUACAGGUUGCAAGCAGAUCAGAAAGGCCUCUUUUUAAUGUGCUUUAGAGUAGACAUUUUUAAAGGUUUUCCCAUCAGGGCGUAGGGGCUGUAACACACAAUCAGAGAGGGCAUUCUUGUUCUCCAUAGAAAUCCAACUUCAUGAUCCUAGCUCAACAAUUGGCUAAACGGAUUGCACUGUUUUGAGUGGUUGGGUUAUGCCAAAACAAAGUCAUGCCUACAGUCCUUGCUGGGAACACUGUGCCUUGCAGUUGGAGUCUAAAGAAACUCUCUUCAUUCCAUGCCAUUAGAGGACACCCCUGAUUAUUUCGGGGCACACAAGACCUACCGAGUCCCCAUCUUUUUGGGCUGUCUGAAUGAUCUUCAAUAUGGCAGUCUGUCUAUUUGGGGUCCACGAAAUCAUGAAAGGCAAAAUGUACCCCAUUAAUUGACAAUAGCAAUUGGCUCCCAGUCUGUUAUUGUACAUGUGUGAAGAUAGAUGUUAUAAAAAUGCAAACCAUCUCUCUUUGGGACAAGACACAAGUCAGAAGCCGGGUACAAAACCAUUUCUGUACUGCUCACAAAAUCAUUGUUUGAGAUUCAAAAAUGUGAAGUAAUUCAGUGAUAUCUCUUUGCAAAAUUCCAGAAAUAUCACUAACUGUUUACUUAUGUGUUUUGCAGCUAUUUUGCUUAACCAGUUACUGCCACACCAUUAGUUCAAGUAGUAUCUUCUGACACCAUGCAUCAGUCUGUGUAAGGCUAAAUAGUACAUCUCGUACACUACAGUACUUGCACAUAAGGAAUCCAGAGAAUCUAGUAUGUUUGCAACUGUAGGCCUAAAUGUUAAUUAACCCAAUAUCAUAUUCAAAGCAAGAGGAAAAAAUAUAAGACAAAACACCUUUUUCUGGUUAAAUCUGUCACAACCUGAACGUUCAAAAUGCAAUUCACUUUAGCUCUUUUUACUCUGCCCCUUACCAAAGUGCCCCGGUUUAGAGUGAGUUUCAGUAGAACCAGAAGUCUGUUGCCUUCGGACAUCAGUGCUUCAAUGCAGCCAAUGCAGCCCUCAGACAAGGCGGGACAUACUGACUGUAGCUGGAGGAAGGAAGUUCCCUCUGAAGCAGGGAGUGUCUGCAUAUAAAAUGGUCUGCAGUUCUCUGCUUCAUAGGUCAGAAGCUUGUUUAUUUUGUCUCUGUGGCUACGUUCAGUCCCAACUAAAUUGUUUGAACCUGUAUGAGAAAAAGCUCUAUUUGGCACGCAUCAUCUUACACACCAGAUAAUCUUCAUUUCAUUUGAACAUCCCUCUACGUGUAGAUUUCCCAGUUAAUUUCUGUUCAUGGCAAAUGCUAUUUAAAAUCAAGGUCCAGUGUCACUGAAAGAUGGCUAGAGAAUUGGAUUACUGCACGUUCUGGGGCACUAUUUUUUUGCAGAUUGAAUUAGAAACUCUCUACGUAUCAAUUUCAGAUAAUUAGAUAUUCAUGUCAGAAAAUGCAUGACUUUCCAUGUAUAUUAUGUCCUAUAAUAUGACUCUUUUCCCCCAUUUUUUUUGUGUCAGAACACACUACAUACACUCUCACACACAUAGACACACUCACACAUCAUGAUGCAAUAAAAGAAAAGGGAAAAUUAUAAUUGGAUGACCAAAGAAAAGGAAAAAAAACAAAAAAAACAAUUAUGCACAAAUUUCGCUGCUUGAAUGGGACUGCUAGCCAAUGCUGGUUGAGAUGCCUUUAUUUACUGUCUAAUUAUAUACACUGUAGAUGCCACCACCGUCUCCUCUUCUAUGACCAUGGGAGGCCCUCGCAGUGCUUUUCCCACCUCUUCCAGCUCCACCGUGCACUCCACUACUUCAGCCACCGACCAGACCUCUGCUCACACCAGCAUCGCCGCUCCAGACGAAGGUGUAAGUAGCAGAGCGGUGGCGGAGAUGCUUGGCGCCGAGGGCGGGACUGGCAACAGUGGGAGUGCUGGUGGCGGAAGGGCUGGCGGCGAGAAAGGAGGAGGGUCCGGAUCCCUAGGUGGAGGAGGAAGAGGGGGGGCAUCCCAGGAGGCCCAGCAGCACCACCAGAUGACCCCCUCCAAGCGGCGCACGGUGCUGAACAUCUCGCCUCCGCCCGAGGACCUGUUUGACGACAGCCGCAUGUCCUGCCAGGAGGAUCUGCUCCAGGACUCCGAGCAGAGCAACAGCAUCUGGAUGGAUGACUCCGCCUCCAACUUCAGCAUCGUCAGCUCCAGCUCCUACAACGACAACACAGAGGUGCCCCGGAAGUCGCGCAAGCGCACCCCCCGCCAGCGACCCGGGCCCAAGCCUGCCUCGGCCGAGGAGGCCAGCAUGGACGUGUUUGAUGCAGACAGUGCCAAAGGGCCUCACUUUGUGCUCUCACAGCUGGGCUCAGACAGCAAGGCCUGUACCAAAGGAAGUUCGGCAGAUGGCUCCCAAACAACCCAUCAGAAAUGUGGGACCCUAGCGAGCCAGUUCCCUCAGAAGAGUGAGUGCAAGGAGCUGAAGAUCCUGGUCCAGCCUGAGACCCAGCACAGAGCCCGCUACCUGACUGAGGGCAGCAGGGGGUCAGUGAAGGACCGCACUCAGCAGGGCUUCCCUACCCUAAAGCUGGAGGGUGUGAAUGAGGCAGUGGUGCUGCAGGUGUUUGUGGGUAAUGACGCUGGGCGUGUGAAGCCACAUGGGUUCUACCAGGCCUGCAGGGUCACGGGGCGCAACACUACAGCCUGCAAGGAGGUGGACAUCGAGGGCACCACUGUCAUUGAAGUGUCCCUGGACCCCAGCAAUAAUAUGACCCUGGCGGUGGACUGCGUGGGGAUCCUGAAGCUGCGUAACGCUGAUGUGGAAGCUCGUAUCGGGGUGGCCGGCUCCAAAAAGAAGAGCACGCGUGCCAGGCUGGUGUUUCGGGUCAACAUCUCCAGGCCGGACGGCUCGGUGCUCACGUUACAGACACCGUCGUCCCCCAUCCUGUGCACCCAGCCGGCAGGGGUGCCUGAGAUUCUGAAGAAGUCCCUCCACAGUUGCUCGGUGAAGGGGGGUGAGGAGGUCUUCAUCAUUGGGAAGAACUUCCUCAAGGACACCAAAGUCAUAUUCCAGGAAAAUGUAUCAGAUGAGAAGUGUUGGAAGGCAGAGGCUGAAAUUGACAUGGAGCUGUUUCACCAGAAUCACUUGAUUGUGAAAGUUCCUCCUUACCAGAACCCAGCCAUCGCGUCUGCAGUGUGUGUGGGAAUCUACGUGGUGACCAAUGCUGGCCGAUCCCACGACGUGCAGCCUUUUACAUACACUCCAGAACCAGUGGACAUAUCUGUGAAGAAAGAAGUUCCAUCUCCAGGCAAGCCCUGCCCUUUUGAUCAACGGAUGAAAGUAAUUGAUGGUGCCUUGAUGCCCCCAAUGUUGCCUCUUGUGAAGAGAGAAGAGGUCACUCCAAUGGAGGUCUCCAGCAACCUCCCUUCUGCUGGCAUGUUCAAGCGGACCCCCGAUGUCAUGUGUUCCGCCCAGCAGACGCUAGACAUGAGUUCCAACCUUCCCCCCAACAACAGCCCGUUCUCCAACUCCUUGCCGCGGCCUGCCAAGGACCCUGCCGAAUCCCAAACAGCAGUCUUCAACAGUGCAGACGCCCUGAGCACCAUACAGAAGCAGGACAUCGCUCUCACCAACUCCUUCCCCGUGCCUGCGCCUGCAGACUCUCUACUCCAACCUGGGCCUCAGCAGUUCCUCCUGGAGCCCAGAGAGGGGCUUGGUCAGGACAGGGCUGGCAACAAUGCUGGGGCGGUAGGGAGGCUCAGUCAACAAGUGGAGGCCCCUCAACCUGCCCCCCAGCAGCACCAGCUGCCCAUAUUCCCCCCAGACGAUGUGGCCCAACUGGAACAAGCAGUGAGACAACUGCAGGCAAAAGGGUACUGCAGCCAGCAGCAACAGCGACAACAGCAACAGAUUCAACAACAACAAAUUCAGCAACAACAGCAACUACAGCAACAGCAACUACAGCAACAACAACAGAUUCAGCAGCAACAGGUUCAGCAGCAACAGGUUCAGCAGCAACAGGUUCAGCAGCAACAGAUUCAGCAGCAACAGAUUCAGCACCAACAAAUUCAACACCAACAAAUUCAACACCAACAAAUUCAACAACAGCAACAGCAUGUGUUGGAGAACCUGCGGCAGGAGCUGUUUAAAUCACAGAUGCCAAUGCAGUGUGGCAUAUUUCAGGGCGUUUCUCUAGGUGAGAACGCUGAACAGCAGGGUUCCCAGCAGGGCAUGGUGCAGAACCAUGGUUCCCUCUUUCAGCAGGCCCAACAGCAGCAGAGGCAACAACAGAAACAGCAGCAGCAAGCAGCACUCUUUCAGCAAGCCAAUGAGCUCCUCUCCAUUCAGACCAACUUCCUCCAUCAGACCCCUUCUCAUCCCUCUCCACCCCUCUUCCAUAACCCCAGCCCCCUGGCUGAGGCACAGGACCCACAGGGGGCGCUGUUCCACACUCAGAAGGCCUCUCCCAUCCAGGAGCAGGUCCAGGCAACCCUCUUCCAGAACACCCUGACAGUGUUGAGUAGGACCAGCCUCUCCCCAGAGCAGCCCCCCUCUGCCGCCAACCUGUUCCUCCCCCAGAGUGCCCUGCCUGGUCAGCUCUCCGCUAGCGGCAGCCAGCAGCAGCAGCUGGCCUUCCUCAGUGCCCUGCAGACCUCUGCCCCUGAGCCCCAGUCAGUGUUCCAGGCUCAGACCCAGCUUUCUCCUAUCCAGCAGGGGACCCCCAUGGAGCAGCAGCAGCCCUCCCAGCCUCAGCCACCUCAGCAGAACUCUAUGUUUCAGAACAUCUCCCCUCAUCCACCUGCAAACACUCUCUCUCAGACCCAGCAGCAGCAGGCUGGCCUACUGUUCUGCAGCAAACACCUCUCCACUCCAGAGCAGCCCCCCAGUCUGCUGUUCAGUGGCCAGGGCCAGAUGCCCCCCAUGAGCAGCAGCAGCCUGAACUCUCAGGAGCCCCAAAACCCCUCCAUGCUGUUCUCUCAGGCCAGCAUGGUGACUGUUAGCCAACAGGAAUCCUCUGAGCCCAUGGCCUUCCAGGACCAGAGCCAGGUGGUGGGGAACCCCUCAGAGCCUCGCCAUCACGGCCUGUUCCAAGAGCAGCAGCCCAUGCAGCUGAUCACCAGCUCCAACAACGGCCCAGAGCAGCCCGUCUCUCUCUUCAUGCCCCAAUCCAACAUGUCUGCCCUGCAGGGUUGCAUGGCUGCCCGGGAACUCCCGCAGACAGGCAUCUUCAGCACUCAGAAUGGGGUGGCAGGCCUGCAGACCACCACCUCCUCCCCCGUACAGCAGCCAGGGUCUCUGUUCCAGACAGCAGUCAGUGGGAGCCUCAACCAGCCCAGCGAGGCCCAGCAGCCAGGCCUCUUCCUCUUUGGGAUUCAGAAUGAGUGUGGCCAGCUGAUAACCUCUCCUGGAACCACUCUGUCUGAUCAGAUCAUUGCCAUCAGUCAGUCUGGUCAGAACCAGAGAGAGAGCGAGGCCCAGAUCCAGUCGCUGCUCAACCAGUCCAUGUCUGAGUCAGGGAGCAUGCAGAACAGCAUGACCGCCUCCCAGAACAUGGAGAAGAUAGAUGACCUGCUUGUCAGCCUGCAGGAGCAAGGCAACAACCUCACUCGCUCCUACUAGGCCUGCUAUAGGUUUCAGGAGCCCAGAAGACCCCCGGUGUGGACCCCCAUUACAGAUGGCAGAAGACCCCGGUGUGGACCCCCAUUACAGACGGCAUAAGAAUGAAAACAAACUCAAUGGUGGGCUCCUGUCCGAACUCCAAGUUACAUGUAAAGCCUCAGCGGCCUUUUUCUCCAAGGACAGUCUUCAUGUGUAGAUGCUCCACACAUGAAGUCCUCCACUGCAUCUAAACCUGGACCUCAAAAUAGGACAUAGGUUGUAGUUACCCCACAACUGUCAUUGUAUCUCGCAGCUAGUCGCCUCCAGCUCUUAAUGAAACAUGACACCAUGUAAUGUUUGGCUAACUCAUCAGUUCUCAGAGCAGCACUUUGCGGUGUGGUUUUAUAAGGAUGGUGGUGGAAGCUAGCACAGCAUUCUGUCUUCUCCAGGACCAGAGUGUGGGCUCACAAUUGUUUAUAACGCAUUGUUGUCCUUUUUAUACGAAUUUAAAAGUAUUUUAGGAAAUAGCAAAAGAAAAUAUACAAUUCAUGAAAAAUAAACCUUUGUAAUAUAUUUUGACUUUAGUUCUUUCAGCACUUUACGAUGCUUUCCUUUUGUGGCCAGUUACUCAUUAAGUUGGCCUAUGCAUUCGCUAGUCAGCUAUUUAGUCAGUACAUCUCGACAACUUUAUUACUCAUGCAUGUGUUUUGAGUUAUGGCUUUAGUUUUUUUAUUGUUCCUUUCAUGAAAUACCAGUUUCUUAUUGGCAGCCAUCUUCCCAUUACCCAUUCAUGAGAAUAACUCCAAAUAUUUGAGUAUUACACCAUGGAUUUAUUUCCCUGAUUAGACUCUGUAGUACGAGAGAUGCUCUAGAUUAGGGUCAAUGUGGAUCAAGAGAAAAAAAUCAUCCAGCCUUUAAAUUAUUAAUUUCCAGUCUACAUAAUUAAAUAGGCCUACAUUUUGAAUAAAUCAGAACCAUAUAUGUGUACUAUAUACCAGUGUGCAUGGUUGUCUGAUGUAAUUAAAGAGUAUAUUGUUAUUUGUAUCAUUCUAUCGCAAAUGUAGAUAAUGUGUUGUUUUGUAAUGAUGUCUCCAUGGAAGAUGUUUGUAUUAGCUCACGUCUGGCACGCACAAACUGGACUUUUAUCCAUAGAUCAGAGAGGAGUUUUCCAUAUGUUUGUCUUACUGUAAAAUACCAACUCUCUUGCCUACAGUGGGCCACCCCAGGACCUGAGUCAAGGCCUCAAGUCACAGCCUCCUUUUUCGUCUUCAUGAAUGGCCAGUUUUAUGGCUCAUAUUGAUUGGUGUGUUCAUAUUUGUCAUUUGAGACUCGCCAUGUUUUGACAGGAAGAAAGUGGUGAAAGUGACUGGAGCAGUUAUCUGUUUUGCCUUGAGCAUGACUGGUUGUUUGUAGUUGGAUUGUUAGUGUCAGGCAUGAUAUACAGAUGUAUGAUCUUAAUUUGAUCACUCUUUUGUUGCUGAGAAUUUUCCUGCACUGGAAGAAAAACUUUUUUAUUAUUAUUUGUAUUUUAUAAUUUUUGUAUAUAUUUUUGUUAUACUUUUUACCCCGAAUUUCAUGAUAUCCAAUUGGUAGUUAGUCUUGUACCAUCGCUGCAACACGACUCUGCCAAAGUCGCUCUGCUUCUUGACACACAGCUAGCUUGUGUGUCAAAUUUCGACUUUGAAAUUUCAGACUUGAUUUACCCUAAUGAAAAAUGUAUCAACCUCUACAAAAAGGUCCAUUAAUUAUAAUCCACAGAAUAAUUCACAUUUCCUUUUGCUGCAGGAUAAUUUUUCUGCUAUAGCAAACUGGCUCAAAUUAAGACCCUACACCUGUACUGCUGCCAAACUGGUUUGUGCUUUUAUUCUUUACAUGUGAGUAUUGGGCUGGAGUGGAGCCAACAGUAAGAUUGUGUCUUGUUUUUUGUCUGAAUCUGAGUAUACACAUGAACAAGGGGCUGGGCUCUGAUGACAACAAGAACAGCUUCGUUGAGUGCCUCCAUCUUUCUCUCUUAGUGUUGUAUUUUAUUGUGUGUUCUUAACAUCAUUACCUUUUUUUCACUUUAAAAACAAGCAGAUUUUUGAAAUGGAGAGUAUUUAAAUUAUUUUUAGUAAUGUGAUUGGUGGGGCCCCAUAUUCCCCAUCCCAGAGCUUGAGCUGUGUUCUUUUAGAUAUUUAAAGGGACCCUACUCAUGAAGAAUGAACCGUUAAGUUGCUUUGGAGAAAAGAGCUGUCUGUGAUUGGCCUUCUUCAACUCUUGUGAAAUACUAGUAGUUUUGUUUCCAGUAGUCAUGAGUAUUUGUGAAUUUUUAUCAUAUUUACAAAUAUUUUAUCAUAUCUUUUUUACUGGUGUAGUUCUAAUACAUCUUUUCAGAAAUCAUAUCUAAUUUAUUUGGUAUUUCUUGUUUUAGAUAUUGUCUAAAUUGUGUCCCACAAUAAUAUUUGUGCUACAAAUGACUUGAUGUACAAGUUUGGUUCUGAUUUAACUCCGUAAUUGUAUUAAUAUUAGUUAUGUGGAUUUGGCCCUUCCCCACCUGUUGAAACUGUAGUUGGCUGUGGUCUUGUGUGACAUAUCUGACAGUGAAGCUUUUCUUCUCCUUGUAGAUGUGAGGACAGGGAUACAACUUUAUGAUUGAGGGAGUUAAAAUGUAACAUGUACACUGAGUCACAUGUACAUUCCUGUGCAUUGUUUUCUUCCCUUUGAUAGAUUUCUGUUCAUAUGCCAGGUUGAGAUCAAUUGUACAGUAUGUUUGUCCAAAUCUGAUAUCAUCCAUGAAACAUUUAACAUGUACUGUCACAUCUACAACUUAUUUCACCUCUUGAAUAAGGAAAGAGCAGGAAGUUAUUGGACAACUAUGCCAGUUAUAAAGCCAUACAGACAGUUAAAACAGCAUCUAUUAAAUAUUUGUUAAUAGGGUUUACAAAAAACUCCAAACGCAGAAUGUGUUUGUUACCUCAACCCGAGCAGGUUGCUAAUCAGGCCACCUUACUCAACAUUGGACCAAUUUCAAUGAUAAAGUACAUUCUUUAUAUAUAGUAUACAUACAAUAUUUUGUUAGCAACAUGUUAAUGUUUUGUGUUAUGAAUACACAAUAAGAGUAUUGUUAUUUUCAAGCAUAAGGAUAUUGAGGAAAGAAAUACCUAUUUUCAAAUGUAACCCAUGAAUAUCCCAUGUAGUAUGAGCUUUGACAAAAUAGGAGGCCUAUUUGUCAAGUAGGCUACAUGUUUUACAUCGAUGACGACAUGAGUCUUUGUAAUUGAGUGGCGCUAUACUUUAUUGUGCCGGUAAAGGUUUAAUUUAUUGAAGACCUAAAAAUUAACGACUUUUCCUACUCAACCAAUGACUACAGAAAUGCAGAGGUCACCUUGAAAGUUCAUCUAUAUUUUUACCAUAUUUGCACCCAGACUAACCAAUGAUUUAUGACAUCACAGUGUACAGCAAAUAUAUUUUAGAAGUAUUGCUCAGUACAUUGGAUGAUAUACUUGUGCCUUGACAAACUUUUAUAGUAGAGACCAGAUUUAUCUUGUACCAGUGUUGCCUGAUUUAUUCACGGCUGUGACACUUGUCAGUGGUUAUUAGCCCUUGAUAACUAGUAUCUUGCAAGCCAUACGACUUGUGUGCUUCAAAUGCCGUACAGAAAUGAGUGACCAGAUAAAUGUAUAGUGUUGUGCAAUUUGUUGUGCAUCUGAUUUAUUUUCACGAAAAUAUGAAUUGCAUUUGUUUAACGUCGUUGCAAUUGAAGUUUUGUCUCAAACUGCUAUGCAGCUUGAUUCAAUAUAAAUGUAUAUCUGUUACUUUUUUCAUAUAUAUUUUAUCUAUCUAGCCUCUCUUGAUUGUUCAUUGCAAAGGGGAAACUAUAACGAAAUAUUGUAAUUAUGUGAAUUAUUUAUGUAACUUUUUUGAAAUAGUAUUGAUACUGUGUGCCACUGGGAUUUGUUUUUAUUUUUAUGAUUGGGCUUGUGUCAGUCAAGACCAAUACAAAUUUCACCUAAUUCAAACAAACUUGUCAUUCAGAAUUUUCAUCAUGGGUGUUUUGUUUUUAUUGUAAAUGUAAUCCGUUAGUCUGUUCACACACUGUUCUGUUUGUGUCCCCUUAACCUGUCUGGCUUUGGUUUGAUGUGAAAGUCUGCUUUAUUUCCAUUAGUUUUUUUUCUGGUGAUCAGUAAUGAACCUGUUGAUAGCAUUGACAGGUUAUAGGUAUGGGGAGUGCAUAUCACCUAUGUGUUUUUAGCUACCAUGUGAACAACUGUUAAAUAUUACCUUUAAAAAAAAUGAAUCUAUAUAAAAAUGUAUUUUUGCUUUUGUUGGGGCAUUUGUAUACUCUUGCAAUUAUAUUUAUGUAAACCUGCUGGUAUCUAUAUUAAUAAAGAUAGAUGAUACGUU